AUGGAUUCUCCAGAAAGUGACUGGUCAUGGCUUCCUGACGAAAUCCUUAAUUCCAUUCUUGACAACUUGGUCUCAAUCUUCGAUUACGCUAGAUUCAGUGUAGUUUGCAAGCACUGGUCCUCCGUAGCCAAGCAGCAAAGACAUCGGCUCAUGAAAUUAUCUAACAGACAACCUCCAUUGUUGUUGAUCCCUUCUAAACAUCAUCGAACAUAUGAACGAAGUCUGUACAACGUUAUGAAUGGUAAGAUAUACGAUCUCCAACUGCCAUUGAAGGAUAAUAGCCGAAGGUAUUGUGGUUCUUCCCAUGGUUGGUUGGCUUCUGUCGAUAGAAACAUGAUCAUCACUCUCAGAAAUCCCUUCUUGAAUCAGACAAGACGUCUUCCACCAAUCAUGGAGUCAUGGAAAACCGGUUACAUGCAUGAAUUUGAUGUCUCCAGAGUAGUAUUAUCUAACAAUCCUUCUCUGAGUAGUUCCGACAACAUUAAUUACGACGUGGUCGCGAUAUCCGGCGUGAACAGGGCAUUGGAGAUCCUGAAAUCAGGGAGUAAAACCUGGACUUCGAUAGACAAAACCUUAGACCUCUUUCAAGACGUUAUUUAUUACAAUGACAUGCUGCUCGCAGUAGAUAUAUAUGGGAGACUGGUAUGUGUUGAUGCUGACAAUAAAAACUGUCGGGAGAUUGUAGCCAGACGUCGGACCGCGAUACCUCGUUGGCUUAGAUCAGUAUAUCUUGUGAAAUCAUCAGAAGGAAAGUUGAUGAUGAUUCGAAGAAUCAUCGAGGAUCACGGUUAUGAUCAUAAUUACAGGUAUAAAACUAGAGAAUUUAAGGUUUAUAUGCUUUUACUACAUUGGAGUGCAUAUGGCAAGGGAAAGUGGGUUGAGAUGCAGAGUUUGGGGAAUGAUGCAGUAUUUGUGGGUGAGAAUGAAUCGGUAUGUGUUCCGGCCUCUGAUUUUCCUGGUUGUAAGCCGAAUUCUAUUUACUUCAUUGAUAAUAAUGUCAGUUAUCUUGUUAGAAUAUAUUAUUUAGAGUCUUCUGAAGUGGGUAGCUUUAAUUUGGAGGAUGGAAGCAUUUCAAGAUAUUUGUACGAUCAACGCUCGAAGCCCUUGCCACCUUCGAUUUGGAUUCUACCAACUUUGUGA